AUGAGUGAAACACUGAAGGGAAAAUUUGAGUUUGGGGGCAAGAAUUCUUCAAGUGGGAGGCCUUCUUUUCAUCUCCACUGCAAAGGUGGCCUUUUCAGUGAUAGAUCCAUUAAAAUAUCUUCCCCAAAUGGAGAAUCUUUCAAAGUACAUUACAAGCUUUUGAUUCCAAUUGAGAAAAUAAAGGGAGUGAACCAGAGUGAAAACAUGAAGAGACCAAGGCAGAAGUAUAUGGAAAUUGUGGCAGUUGACGGCUUUGAUUUCUGGUUUAUGGGUUUCUUGAAUUACAAGAAAGCUUUCAAGUAUCUUCAACGGGCAAUCUCCCACAGACUAGAUGAUGUACAAGUCACUUUCUAG